CAACAUAGAAGACCAGCUCCUAGCCUCCUCUAGUCUUCAUUGGACCCCACAUAACCACUGUUCCUCAAAAUUAUGAUAACAUUUUUUGGGUUCCAUAAAGUCUUGGUCUUUCAAGAUAUAAAAAAACAAACCUUUCUUCAAUCCUCGCUUCUUUUUUUAUCUGCAGAAUUUUAAUGGGGGACUUUCAGAGAUCAAGAUCCUAUGCAAAUGGGGAAAGGAUGCAGAUAGAUAGCUACUAUGGUGCACCUAGACCUCUUCCUCAUGAUUUCAGGAGCUAUAGUGUUUCAUAUGUUCAAACUCAAGCUGGUGUUAAUAAUAGGGACUUGAAGCUGAAGAAAGGGAAAAGCAUUUCAGGUUCUAUUUCCAAGUCUUGGAGCUUUGGUGAUCCUGAACUUCAGAGGAAGAAGAGGGUUGCUAGCUAUAAGAUGUAUUCUGUGGAAGGAAAGGUCAAACGUUCCCUCAGAAACAGUUUUAGGUGGCUUAAGAACAAGUACUCCAAGGUUGUUUAUGGUUGGUAGGUACUGUUAAAUGUUAUUGUUUGUGUUGCUUAAAGUUCUGUAUACAAAUUUUAAGAACUUUCAGAUUAAUCAUCAUUCAUCACUAAUUAAUGGGUUAUGAUCGGUUUUGUUGAUAUGUUAGAUAGCCUGUUAAAUCAUGUUGGAUGCUGAGGGAUCAGAAUAUAUCUUUCCGUUUAUCGAAGUGUUCUGUAAUCUGUAACCUUCUUAAUUCUGUUUCUACUUUCCGAUUA